GGGAGGUGGGCGGCUUUGACCCAUUUUCUAGGGUGCUGCUGCUGCUCGCUGGGUUAGCUUGGGAGAGGGGAGGUGAUAUUCCAUCUUCUCUCAUCUCAACCAUCCCCUGCUCAUCGCUCCAUCUCUCUUAUUAUAAUAUCACAUCGCAUCGCCUGCUCACAGCUGCACACAUUCCACACGCUCUCCACUACUUAACUCAAACUCCAACUUUGUGCGCCGCCCCGUCUCAGAGGAUCUACCGUACACCCCGUAUUCGACCCUCUCUGUGACCGUUUAAGACACCUCCAAAGUCGUCAAAGAUGGUCUCGCCAGCCUUUCCAGGUCUCUUCUUCGCAUUCGCCGCUAUGGUGUUGCUCUUGUUUGCGUCCAUCUCUCCCCCUGCUUGGGACAAGACAUACUUCCUCAGUGCCGAUGUAAACGGAGCGACCACCUUGUUCGGUGUCUUUGGAGAGUGUAUCGUCGGACAGGGAUGUAGUUCCAGAAGUGUCGGAUAUGACCUAGUCGUCGGGGGAGCCAACGGCCUCGACAUCAGCGCUCGAGUCCUUCAAAACUUGACCUACACUUUGAUCCUGCACCCUAUUGCCGGAUUCAUCGCCCUCCUCGCCUUGGUCUUUGGUCUCAUUGGAGCCGGUGCUGCUUCCCGAGUCGCCACCAUCUUCAUGGCCAUCUUUGCCUUCUUUGGACUCGUCGUCGCUCUCGUUGCCUUUGUCAUUGACAUGGUCCUCUGGAACGUCGUCAAGAACAAGAUUGAAGAUGCUGGAUACGAUGCCACCCUGGGUAACGCCAACUGGUUCACUGUCGGCGCCGUCGGAGCUUUGAUCCUCUGCACUUGCACUUCCAUCUGUGGAUCUUGCGGACGAUUCGCCACUGGCCGAAUGGCCGGUGAGAAGUACUGAGCGAUGGACAUGCCCAUGCCCGUUCUCUAGACUUGCCCGGAGAUCUCCCAUGGACAGUCGUGUCGACUCCAUUUCUGAGCCGUUCCUCGCCUAUACAAAUCAUCCUAUAAACCUCAGUCUCACACCUAUACCCCGUCAUCUACAAUCUUGAAACCCCUUUCUUCUUUAUUUCGCGUCGCUUGACCUCGCCUAUAAUUGACCUUUUUUUCCCCUCGCCUCCCUAUUCUUAUAUUGAAAGACUUGCUUUGCGGAAGAACGAACUCGCCAGAGGGUGACAUAUUUGUGUCGGACAGCGGCGAGUGGCAUGGAGGGGAGUGAGAUUGACAGAAGAGAGCGUGAUACAUGAGAAGUUGGCAUAUAAGCAAGCUUGUACAGAAGUAUGCGAUAUAUAACC